AUGAGUCCUAUUUCACUUUUCAUUGUUUUAUUUUGCAGAAAUGAACAAGCGACCGAUAAUGGUCGAACGUUACAGUGGACUAAUGGGUUAGGAUCAUCAAACGCUUUCAUUACACUGGUCAGUGGUCCUACAAAUUCAGGAAGUGGAACAGAAUCAGGAACUGUUUCAACGAAUGUUUGGCAUAAUAGUGAUGCUGGUGAUGUGAAUUUUACUGACCAAAGUAAUACACAACAAUUGCUUGCUUCUACAGAAAAGGUUCAACGUAGUUAUGGCAACACUGAUGAUAGUACAGCUAAUACUCAUAACGAACAUGCUACGGUAACAGCGAUGUCAUUCAGUGAUCACAUUUACUCACCUUCGAAUUUAAUUACCACGACAUCGGAUUCAUCUGUUAAACCUGAAUUAGAUGUUGUGGUUGUGGGUGGAAGUGCAAAGUCACCGUCAGCUGUAGAAGAUCGGACGGCAAAAACAAGAAUAAUAUGGACGGAUGAUCUGCGUGAAAUUUUAAUACAAGAAAUGAAGAAACGACCCUGUUUAUGGGAUCAUAAUCAUCCUAAAUAUAGAGAUUUACAGUAUGCGGCAAGUGAAAGGAACGAAGUCAUUGAAUCUUUCUAUCAUCGAACGGGAUAUGCUUUGAAUGCGGAUGAUAUAGCGAGGCAGUGGAAGUCUUUGAGAGAUCAGUAUGUACGAUUUAUCAACAAAAUCAGAAAUAUGGAGCCUAAUGAUUGCCGAUUUCCAUCAUUCAAAUUUUCGGAAGAACUGAAAUUUCUGAUGCCUUACAAGCAAUUGCCGCAGUCUCGAUACUGCAUUAUGAUGAACGAAGAAAAUGGUCUACAAAAUUUGAAUGAAAAUAUUUCGUCGAAGGAAUCGUGCUCUGAAUUUUCAGUCCCCGGUACUUCUACAAGUUUACUACCAAUCCGCCGUAAAAGAAAACAUGGCAGGUCAUCAGAUUACAAAACUCAAAAAGAUAUUGACUCAAAAACACAUGAUAGAGAAGACAGUUGUUUCUCUAGGAUGGAUGAAUUUGAUCAUUUUGGCCUGUCAAUUGCUGAUUAUAUUCGAGGAAUUGCAAAGCUUGAUGAAAAAGCAGCUGUAUGGAUAAGGGGUGAAAUCUGGACGCUGUUGACGAAGUGUCGUAUGAAAGCACUAGAGGGAUGCAGUGGAAAUGGUACCAGUUAG